AUGUCGACAUUCGGGGCAGUGGUUGGGGACCGUUCUCCCGAAGGGAGAGACGAAUUUCUCCGCUAUCAUUCGGCCGCAAUCGAAGUGCCCUCACCUGCGGUUUCUCGCAUCGAGGAGAUCAGCAAGCAGAAUGGGAUUUUUCUUGUCGUAGGUGUUAUUGAGCGAGAUGGGGGAACACUUUAUUGCACUGCUAUAUUCGUGGACCCGAAGGAAGGCCUAGUGGGAAAGCAUCGGAAACUUGUACCCACUGCGUCCGAAAGGCUCGUUUGGGGACAGGGGAAUGGGUCCACUAUUCCUGUUCUGGAGCGAUCUUUUCCCUCGAAUGUUGAUCGGGAUGUCAAGGCGAAGAUAUCGGCUACGAUAUGCUGGGAGAACUACAUGCCCCUUUUGCGUAAUCACUACUACACCUUAGGGACGCAAAUAUACUGUGCACCUACCGUCGAUGCACGACCCGUAUGGCAGAGCUCCAUGGUCCAUAUCGCAAUGGAAGGGCGUUGUUUUGUUCUAUCGGCUUGUCAAUUUGCUCAGGAGAAAGAUUAUCCUGCUGGACAUGCCGUGGCCAAUGAAGUCGCACGCAACGGCGAGAAUAUUAUGAUUGCAGGGGGAAGCGUUAUAGUGAGCCCUUUAGGUAAAGUUCUCGCAGGGCCGUUACUAGGAAAGGAGGGUGUGUUGACCGCGGACCUGGAUUUGGACGAUUGUGUAAGAGGAAAGUUUGACCUUGAUGUUAUUGGGCAUUACGCACGACCUGAUAUCUUUGGGUUUGAAUUCUAUGGACAAUAG